AUGGCGUCCAGCAUUAACGACUUCGGCUCGGUCUCCAACGGGCUCGACCGGGCGCAGAUCGAUGUGGGACCUCGGAGCGAUGAUACCACCGAUCCGCGACCGUCUCCAGAGGCAAUGGACUACCAGAAACCAUCAAUCCGCCAGGCGGUCAAAGACAAUCUCCUCUCGGCGGUUGUGCAUCCCCGUUUCGGGAUCAAUAAAAUCAAAGCCGCCAUCGAUGAGAAGCACGAGGCAUCGCACAGCCAACCGCAUGAACACCACCACGACCAUGCGCCUACGCUUGCACCACCUCCGCCGGACAGCUCCGUGGAAAACCAGAGACUAGACAAUACCUUCGAGGAUAAACCAAAGUUCCCUCCAGUCAAAGAGUUUAUACACCAACCAGUCCAAUCUAUCAUCUCUACGGUGCAGGACCAACGCGGGAAUGACUUUGCCGAGAGCAUAGCCAAGGCCGAGAUCGCUCACGGCGUAGACGUACAACUUCUACAGCAGGCCGACAAGGUCCAGAAUGCCUCGAAUGAGACCCAGGAAGAAGCCGAAUAUGAGACUUUUGUCCAGAUGAAACAGCUCAGGCAAGAUUUCUUCAUCCUGAAGUAUCAGUUGGAAGCGAAUGCGCAGAAUUAUAUCGACCCCGAGUUUAAGAUGCCUAUGCCUGACCGCAAACUGCUGGCAUCCAGUGUCGAGCGACUCAUCGUCGACUCUACACCAUUACAGACAAUCGUAAUGAAGCUUCGGAACGUAUCUCAUUGGGAGGACCCACGCAAAAGCUUCGGCUACAUGACCCUGUAUUUCUUCCUGCUGUUCUACAGUUACAUCACUCGCGCUUUGAUCCUCUACAUCCUUUUGAAAGUCCUAUACCGACGCUGGCAUCCUCCGACUCUGAGCAAGAUGCGAGAGGCCACCGUCCACUCUGAAGAUCAAGAUGCUAUCGCACAGAACCUGGGCGAGCUAAUCACGCAGUAUGGCACUCGUGGAUGGGUCGACCGCGUCAUCCAGGAAGCGGGACCGGCUGUGUUUGACUCGUUGGAACGUCUUGCUGACAUCCUCGAGAGGACACAGAACUUCUACGAAUGGCGGAAUCCGCGCUACACGGGUGUGACACUGGGAUUCCUCUUUACUGGUUUCGUUAUCAUUACCCUGACGCCAACCUGGCUCCUGGUUCAAAUGAGUUUUCUUGGUUGUGGAGUAAUAUUCUUCAUAUUGACACCAAUCGGUGUCCGGUAUCCUCGGUAUCGACUGCUUGCCAGCCCAAUAACUUGGCUGUUAUGGAAGAGUCCUACUCACGCGGAAUGGGCCGUCUCACGCCUGCAGAGCGAAGCUCACCAGUACCUCACCUCCGACAAGACACUCCGAACCGUUGACAGGGACACCCAUCUCAUAGGUACCUACACAUGUAAAGACAACAACGACGUCCAAGGCAGGCUCAUCGUUCUGGUGACUUCCGUUUCUUUCGCACCGAAGCGCUCAGAGCAUCACCUCAAUUUGACCUCGAGCUCGCGUUCUGCAAAUAAAGAAAAGGACGCCGGAGGAUGGAAUCUACUAUUCGACGAUAUCAAGGAGAUUCACAAGAUCACCGAGCAGAACAGUCAUGGCGGUGAGGAGGCAGGGCUGGAGUUUGUGCCCUAUCAGGGGGAGAAGAGGGCGGUCAUGCAUUUGGCACGUAGGGACGAGGUAUUCAGCCAGAUCGUGGGCUUCAGCGGGUUGCAGUGGAAGAGAUGUGGCUGA